CGCCAUUAAAAUUGCGAAUGCCGUUAUCUAAGCCGGCAAGGAACAGUUAGGGUAAAGGUCUUAGUUUUUCCUCAGUAGCAUUAGUGCUGAGAUGAAGAAAAGUUGAAGUGUUCUUCUGCUUUUUAAAGUUUGUUGAAAAUAGUAACUAAACGUACAAAUACGUCUUCAAAGCACCAUAAAUAAUGGGGUAUUUAAAAUCUAUAGGCACGGUAAUAAUAUAUAUUGGUCUUUUCUUAGCUGUGAUUACAUUUUUACCGGGUUUACCUCCUGAAGCAGAAUAUUCCGAAUAUAGUAUAAAACUUCCCAGUGAUGUACAAAAUCAUUUAGAAUUAAAAAAUCGAUUAGAAGGUGCAGAAGUAUUGUUUUCUGGAGAAAUUAAAGGUCCAGAAUCUUUUGCGUCGUACAAUGGGGAACUUUACACUGGUGUGCUCGGAGGUUACGUCGUAAAAGUUGAAGAAAACCGGGUAGAACCAAUUGUGAAAUUUGGUCAAAAGUGUGAUGGUUUAUGGCAAGAAGAAAAAUGUGGUAGACCUUUAGGUUUAAAAUUUAACGAUAAAGGAGAAUUAUUUGUUGCUGAUGCUUACUAUGGAAUUUUUAAAGUCAAUGUUAAGACACGGCAGUAUGCAAACAUAGUUAACAGUUCUUUACCUAUUGAUGGAAAAGCUCCAAGAAUAGUUAAUUCUUUGGAUAUUGCAAAGAAUGGAGAUAUUUAUUGGACAGAUUCAAGUACAGAUUUUGGAAUACAAGAUGGAUUAUAUACAUUCUUAGCCAAUCCAUCUGGCAGAUUUAUUCGAUAUAAUGCUGCAACAAAAAAGAAUGAAGUAUUGAUAAAAAAUCUAGGUUUUGCAAAUGGUGUUGUACUAAGCGAUGAUGAAAGUUUCGUUCUUGUAUUAGAAUGUCUUCAUUCACGCAUUAUUAAAUAUAAUUUGAAAGGUCCAAAAGCUGGACAACAUGAAAUUUUGGUAGAAACUCUACCUGGUUUACCAGAUAAUGUACAUAGUGAUGGACAAGGAGGAUUUUUAGUAUCUUUAAUUAUAUAUGCAGAUUCUGAAAAUCCUGUCUUACCUCAGUCUCUCAUGCCACAUCCAUACAUCAGGAAAAUGUUAUCCAGAUUGCUGUAUACCAUAGAAGCUCCAUUUAAAUUACUGAAUGAUAUUUAUCCAAAUUACUAUGCACAAAAGUUUUCACAUGUAGUGGGUUCAUUUCAACUUUCAUCAAUUUUAGAUACAAAGAAAACAUCAAUAAUACUCAGAUUGAAUAAAGCAGGAAAUAUUUUGGAUGCUUUAUAUUCAGCAGAUAAGAAAGUACAUGGUACUAGCUCUGCUUAUGUACAUAAUGGAUAUUUGUGGUUUGGAUCUCCUUGGAAUGAUUAUAUAAUGAGAAUUCCAUUAAAACAAGCAUUCCCAGACUUAGUAAGUGCUAAAAAAUCUUCAAAUGUAAAAGAACAAAGGAAGGAAGAACCACGUCCAAAAGUUUCAGAAGCACCAAGUGUAAAAGUAGAAACAAAACCCACAAAUACAAAACCUCAAGAGACUGCUACGAAAUCACGAUCUAAAGAACAAGCAAAAGAAAAGCCAACUUUAGAUGUAUCAACACCAAAACCAACCACUCAAAAAUCUACAUCACAACCCCGUGCUUCCACAACUACUACUACCACUACCACCACCACCACCACCACUACUACUACAACUCCUCCUCCUCCUCCUCCUCCUCCAAAACCAACUACAACACCACCUCCUGCUGUUCCAAAAACGUCAACAAAGGAAACGAAGAAAGAUAAUGUAAAGAAAGUUGGGAAGGAUAAUUUGAAAGAAGUUAAAAAAGAUAAUUCCAAUUUAAAUGCGAAACCUGAAACAUUAAAAAAAGACAGCGAAUCAACUGUGAAAUCAAAACCUGAUGAAUCUGUCAAAAAAGGUGCUCAGCAAACUCAGGCUACAAAACCCAAGCCAGUAGAAAAGAAAGAUUCUGUUAAGAAAUAAACAGUUAAACAUUACAAAGUUUAAUUAUACUGUUCUAUUUUAUGUUAAAGGUUCUACAUAUUCCAAACAUAUCGACUUGUUUAUAUUUUACAAGAUUUAAACCAUAUUUACAUUCCGUUAUUUUAAUAAUACAUGUUUUUUUAUUUACAGUUCUCAAACAAAGUUCAACAGAAUAUUAUAAAAUGUUUUUUACGUUAAUGUAUGUUAAUUUUCUUACAAAUGAUACAAAUAAUUGGGGAAUGCGUUAGAGACUGUGAUUUAGAUUUGUAUAUAAGAUUAAUACUGUGUUAUACAAUAAAAAUUUAAA